AUGACCACAGUGAAUGGUUCCAACGAUAAGAACCUUCAUGACAUCAAUACCUUCGCUGAAAGCUCAAGUGACGAGCACGCCCUGAAUACUUCCUUCGAAUCUGAGCCCCGGUCUAGUGGCUCCUAUCCUUGUCAAUAUGAAAUGAACAGACCAGCCGAGGCCUCCACGAAUUCAAUCUCCGACGACAUCUUCCAUAAAGUAAAAAGCUUUCUUCGACACAAAACACAGAUCCCCAAUGACGACACGUUGUCUGGGUGGCCCCAUCAUGGCAGACCCUGCAAUUCCUUCUCCAUAUUCAAACAACAGACAAAACAGAUUCUCAGGCCGAGGAUCGUCUUCUCCGGUGCCUUCGCCGCAUCGGCAAUCAUUCUCUCUAAUACCAAAAGCCCGGCGCUUGUGAUAUUCAUAUGGAACCUCCUUGCGAUUGUGCCGCUGUCGAUCACACUCACAGAAGCCACCGAGAGGAUAUCCAAGGAUUUGGGUGAGACCGCUGGCGCUCUCCUCAACAUCACGAUAGGGAAUCUAGCGGAGCUUAUUAUUUUUGUGUAA